UGCGCAGCGGCCGCUUCCCGGAGCCGGGCGGGGUAAGAUGGCGGCCGCGCUGAGUGCCGCGGCCCUGCUCUUGGGCUGCUGCGGCGCGGCGCUCGCCAGCGGCGUCCAGGAUCAAGCAGAACAGUUCUUUAGAAGUGGACAUACAAAUAACUGGGCAGUUUUGGUGUGCACAUCUCGAUUCUGGUUUAAUUACCGUCAUGUGGCAAACACUCUUUCAGUAUACAGAAGUGUGAAGAGACUGGGCAUUCCUGAUAGUCACAUUGUCCUGAUGCUGGCAGAUGAUAUGGCGUGUAAUCCCAGAAAUCCCAAACCAGCUACUGUGUUUAGUCAUAAAAACAUGGAGCUAAAUGUAUAUGGAGAUGAUGUGGAAGUAGAUUACAGAAGCUAUGAGGUUACUGUGGAAAAUUUUUUGCGUGUAUUAACAGGAAGAAUUCCACCAAGCACACCUCGAUCCAAACGUCUUCUUUCUGAUGACAGAAGCAAUAUUCUGAUAUAUAUGACAGGCCAUGGUGGAAAUGGUUUCCUAAAAUUUCAAGAUUCAGAAGAAAUCACAAAUGUAGAACUUGCUGAUGCUUUUGAACAGAUGUGGCAGAAAAGAAGGUACAACGAAUUGUUAUUUAUUAUUGAUACUUGUCAAGGAGCAUCCAUGUAUGAACGAUUUUAUUCACCUAAUAUAAUGGCCUUGGCUAGCAGCCAAGUAGGAGAAGAUUCUUUAUCACAUCAACCUGAUCUUGGGAUUGGCGUUCAUCUUAUGGACAGAUACACAUUCUAUGUGCUGGAGUUCUUGGAAGAAAUUCAUCCAGCCAGUCAGACAAAUAUGAACGACCUAUUUCAGGUCUGUCCAAAAAGUUUGUGUGUUUCCACACCUGGACACCGAACCGAUCUCUUUCAGCGAGACCCUCAAAAUGUUCUCAUAACAGACUUCUUUGGCAGUGUAAGAAAGGUGGAAAUUACAACAGAGACAAUUUCUUUGGACCGUGACUUAGCUGGCUUUGAAAAUGAGCUUCCAAAGGAUGAAUUGGCAACAGAACCGCUAAAAUAUGCUGAUCAACUUCCUGUUGCUCAGAUAAUACACCAGAAGCCAAAACAAAAGGACUGGCAUCCUCCUGGAGGAUUUAUUCUAGGACUCUGGGCAUUGAUUAUCAUGGUUUUCUUCAAAACAUAUGGAAUCAAGCACAUGAAACACAUCUUCUGAAUCUGAGCAAGCAAGAUGACUGCUUCUUUGCGUUGACUGCUUCUUUGGAUUCCCUGGUGUCAUUUGAGUUCCCUGUAUGUGUAUUAUGGUUGUAGCGAAAACAGUGUUGCAAUCUCACUUCAAAUGUUUUUUUGAAGUUAUGUCUUCUCUUCCUUUUUCUGAAAAGAGUCUCACAGGUGGUUAUAAAAUGAGACAUUUUUUUAAGUUUGUUUUAAGCAUAUUUUAAUGCUUUUUUGAGCUUAUCUUUCCAGUUAAAUUUAAAAAGAAGGGGACUUAAAUAUCUUAACAGAAUUUCUAAGGUUGACUAUGAAAUGUGAACGGGCAAAUUCGUUCCCCCAUACUUAUAAGUAAAUCUUAAAAGAGUCAUCCUAUCACUGAAGAACUAGACAGUUUGCAGAACAUUAUUUAGGAUGUCAUUUUAUCAAUAAAAGCUUAAUCCACUUUGCAGACUUUAGCAUGAUGUAUUGAAACCUUUCUUCAGAAAAACAAAAAAUACAAGAAAUACUCUAGAAAGAUAUUGAUUUUUUUUUUCCUGCUCUGUUAAAUACAACCCUAAGAACAGUCCUUUCACCUUUAGGCAAUUUUGGAUUUAGGAUUCUAUGAACUGGUGAAAGUGAAACAAAAAUACAUGAUAACCUCACUGAAACUACUUCAUAAAAUGCUGAAAAGGGUGAAACUGCAACUACACCAUGUCCAUUAGGAACCCUUUAUAGAUGUCUUUACACUCUGUAUGAUCCAGAGUUGGCCUCUUUCAGGGUUUUUUGCACUGGAUUUUUGCACAGAGCAAAACUGACUCUAGCAUCAGGAUGAAAAAUGUUAUCAGUUGUACUACUGUAUUCUGUAAUGUCUGAGCACUUGGAAAUGAGGUUUAUUGUUUAGGUCUUGUAAAUUCUUUUCUGGCAUAUUGAUUUGUUCUUCUUGGAUGUGUAAUGAUGAAUGCAUACCGAUAAUAGAGAAGAGAACAAAUUUCUGCAUGUAUGGAAACAAUGAGGUUGUCAACUAGGUGAUGCUCUUGCGGUGUGCUUUUGGAGUCUGUUCUCUAUCCUGAUCAUAAUAAAGCUGAUGCAUACAUGGUCUAAAGUC